AUGGCCGACAAUUCUUUUGGGGGAGAUGCGUUCCUCACAGAAGCUGGAAUCAACAUCACGCUCCAGGGCCUCCUAAUCACGGCACUCGUUGCCUUCUCCCCGUUCAUAGUUCUGCUCGCCCUCGCCCUCUCACAGACCCCUAGAGCACUACCUCCCCCAGCUGGCUGCCGGAAACUUGGGAUCAAAGGGCGCAGCAACUUUGAAGACCAGUACUCCAAAAGAUAUGCCAAAGGCGGCGACCCUACCCCAGAGAAGCCAUGGACAGUAAAAGCACUCUUCAUCUACCCAUUGAAAUCCGGAGCCCCGAUUGAGUUGGAAAAAAGCGAUGUUGUUCGAACCGGCCUGAAAUACGAUCGUCAAUUUACCCUUGCACAACAAGUUACUAGCCUGCCAACUCUGGAGGGCAAAGUCACCAGCGAAUGGCAAUUCAUGACCCAGCGAAAGUUUCCCCGUCUUGCGAAAGUUGAGACCGAGGUAUGGGUACCUGAUCCAUCAGCAAAAGGUUACAAUGAAGAUGGGGAAUGGGUCAAGAGUGACGGUUGUCUUGUAAUUCGAUUUCCUUUCUCGCCAGAUACCGACUUCACCAAAGAAGGCCUCAUCAGCUAUGGAAAGAUUCUGGCAGCAAAGCUGAGUGGCAGACCAGAGCCAAUGCUAGAAUUCAGGGUACCCUUCAAUCCACCGCAAGAGAGAAUCAAGAGCAAGGAUUACAAGAACGAGACUUUGCGCAUUUGGAGCGACAGUCCGGUCGCCUUAAACAUGACCUCAGAAGUGGAUCGCGAAACCUUUGCAAAGCUAAGAUAUACUCUUGGUGCGGCAAAUCCCAUUGCACUAUUCAGAAUCGACACGAAUGCGCAUCGCGAAGUGUUUAAGUGUGCACCAAGGAAAGCGGACGUAGGAUUUCAACCGAUUAUUGGAAUGCAAGAUUCAUACCCGAUUCAUAUCAUAAACAUGGCUUCUAUCCAUGAUGUAGCGUCCAGACUCCCUGGCGUACAUCCGAAAUCAGAACACAUCUGGCAAAACAAACACACUCUCCUCGACGGCAUGCGAUUCCGAGCAAACAUCUACAUCACCGGCCCUCCCGCUUUCGCUGAAGACCACUGGAAAAAGGCUAAACUGGUAUCUUCAUCUGAUCCCCCCUCAUCGCUGGACUUGCACAUUUCGUGCCGCACCACGAGGUGCAAGUUGCCGAACGUUGAUCAAAAGACGGCUGAGCCAGAUCCCAAUGAACCCUCGACUACCUUGAGUAGCUAUAGGGUUAUCGAUGAAGGGAGCAAGAGCGCUUGCUUGGGGAUGCAAGUGACGCCGUUGGAGGAUGGCUGUGUAGCUGUGGGCGAUAAGAUUGAGCUACUAGAAACUGGAGAGCAUCGAUUUAUUACCGGAGAAGGACCAAAAGUCGCUGGAUAAAGCGGAAAGAGAGUCUUUAAAUCUACAAGAGCCCAUGAUAAACAAAAUGACCAAGAACACGGACGAACAACAUAAAUCCGUUGCUUUCCC